AUGACUUCCCCUCCAGUAAUGCGAGCUAUCGGUAAACAUAAUACAUACGUCGUUAUUCUUGAUCAUGGUCAAGAUGUUCAAUUAUGGGACUGGACUUUACUCAAUGCCAUCAAAGCAGAAGAUGAUAAAAGUCAUGCCCUUAUGCAUGCAUACAGCAGGGGAACGUACAAAGGCACAACGCCUUCUCAACUUAAGAUAAGUCAACAGGCCAAUGCAAGAUGUGUGGCAUUAUUGCAAUCCAGCCUAUCACAAGAUGCGAUUCAUUUGGUUAUGGAUCUUCAAGAUGCGUGUACUAUGCGCAAACGACUUUUAGAUGUUUUUGGAAAUGAAACUUCCGGGGAGGAUGAAAAGACAGUCUUGCUGUUACUACAAGUCCAACAAAACAAACUCACUAUACAACAAUAUGCAAAAGAAAUGAGGCGUAGACUCGGAGUCUGUAAACGUUUCGGGAUCGAAUUAAGCAAAAGUGAACAGAUCCAAGCUGUCAUCUUGGGACUGUCUCCUUCUACCUACGAUGAAGAGCGAAAGGUUUUUAUUGCGGAUAAAUUGACACGUGGAGAUGUUACAGAGCCGGAAGAAGAGCAAGAUCAUGAAGUUCGCUGUCUCAGGAGAAUUUUUGACCCUUAA